GUUCCACAAUGGUACAGCCAGCAUCUUGCUGCACAAUGGUUGCAAGACUGUGAAGGGGAGUGAUUCAGCAAGUAAAAUAUCUUGAUUUGUUUUCUGUCUUUCUCUGGAGCCUUUAUUUGUUUUAAUUGAUCCGUAUUGUGAUAUUUAUGUUUUUGCCACUCUCACGUCAGAAUGUUUUGAAAAGGACAGUCGCUGGACCAGGAUUGUCGUCAGCUGGCACGGAAUGGUAUUUAUGAGCCGUCAUUUCUUGUAUUACUUCAGUGAACCUAUCCUGGAUGUGAAGAUUGCCUUUUGUCAGGUGUGUGUUCCAUACAGGUAAACAAGGGAUUUGGUAAACAAGUGGAUGUUUCAUACAUCGCCAAACAUUACAACAUGAGCAAAAGCAAAGUGGACAACCAGUUCUACAGCGUGGAAGUGGGAGACUCUACCUUCACAGUUCUCAAACGGUACCAGAACCUCAAGCCCAUUGGUUCCGGGGCUCAGGGGAUAGUUUGUGCUGGAUAUGAUGCUGUCCUUGAUAGAAAUGUGGCCAUUAAAAAGCUCAGUAGACCAUUUCAGAACCAAACCCACGCCAAACGGGCUUAUAGGGAACUUGUGCUCAUGAAAUGUGUCAACCAUAAAAAUAUAAUCAGCUUAUUAAAUGUUUUUACAUCACAGAAAUCCUUAGAAGAGUUCCAGGAUGUUUACCUGGUAAUGGAGCUAAUGGAUGCCAACCUUUGCCAAGUGAUUCAGAUGGAGCUUGACCAUGAGAGGAUGUCCUACUUACUCUACCAGAUGCUGUGUGGCAUCAAACACCUUCACUCAGCAGGCAUUAUCCACAGGGACCUGAAACCAAGCAAUAUUGUGGUGAAGUCAGAUUGUACGCUUAAAAUCCUUGACUUUGGACUGGCAAGAACUGCAGGCACAAGCUUCAUGAUGACUCCAUAUGUGGUGACUCGCUAUUACAGGGCACCUGAAGUCAUUCUGGGAAUGGGAUACAAAGAAAAUGUUGAUAUAUGGUCUGUUGGGUGCAUUAUGGGAGAAAUGGUUCGGCACAAAAUCCUCUUUCCAGGAAGGGACUACAUUGACCAGUGGAACAAGGUCAUUGAACAGCUGGGCACUCCGCUUCCAGAGUUCAUGAAGAAACUGCAGCCGACAGUGCGCAACUAUGUGGAGAAUAGACCCAAGUACGCUGGACUCGCGUUCCCUAAGCUAUUCCCAGACUGCCUCUUCCCGGCAGACUCUGAACACAAUAAACUGAAAGCCAGCCAGGCCAGAGACCUUUUGUCAAAGAUGCUUAUUAUUGAUCCUGCUAAACGGAUAUCAGUUGAUGAAGCCUUACAGCACCCUUACAUUAAUGUCUGGUAUGAUCCAGCUGAGGUGGAGGCGGACGGAGAUCUCGUCAAAAUAUCCGUGCCUCCUCCGGAGAUCUAUGAUAAGCAACUUGAUGAAAGAGAACAUACCAUCGAUGAAUGGAAAGAACUAAUCUACAAAGAAGUAAUGAACUUCGAGGAGAAAACUAAAAAUGGUGUUGUGAAGGGACAGCCAUCUCCUUCAGGUGCAGCCGUGAACAGCAGUGAAAGCCUCCCUCCGUCCUCUUCUGUCAACGACAUCUCCUCCAUGUCCACUGACCAGACCCUGGCGUCUGACACUGACAGCAGCCUGGAAACUUCUGCAGGACCCCUCGGUUGUUGCAGGUGACUAGCCGCCUGCCUGCGUAACCCAAUGUUCUUCAGAAGGUGAAAUGCUACAAUAAGAAAAAAUAAAUCGGCCUUCGUCUUCAUUAUGAAAUUACGACUGAAAAUUACUUCAAGCUGAAAUUGCUUUGCUUAUAUCUUCCUUCAUAUGGCAUAAAAAAGCUUAGGCAGGCAUCUUUCUGUAAAGUGUAAGUUAUUGGCUGAUUCUUGAUACCCUGCAAGCUGCUCCACUAAUACUGAUAUGACAAGGUGAGCAGUAUCUUUUUAGUGAUUCUUAAAACAUCUCUACCGAUGCUACCGGACCAUGUAUUUUAUUUAAAUUGCACGUGUGACUGCAACCAAUAAUGAACUGACCCUACAAGGAUUGACAGAUUCAUGUAAGUGAUUAGGGUGGGGAAGCCUUAUCCAGAAUCCCUAUGUAUAUAUGUAAUUCUGUACAGCUGAUAGGUAGAGAAUCUGUGGGUCUAUUGGCCAGUAAAGUAAAUAACGCACACCUUGCCAUAUCAUGGCUUCAGCCUUAGUUGCUCUUGCCUGUAGUUCUGCAUGAUCAAAGAGUUAAUUCUAUGAUAAAUGAACAAUACAGAUUAUGUUCAUAACCCUAAUGAGAAUGACCUGGUCGAGAACACCAGCGUUGCACCUGAGCUGCAGAGGCCAAAGCUGAAUUACUGUCAUAUAAAGAGCUCAACCUUAUUUUCCUAGUACCAUCACUGUCACACCAUUUUGCAUGUCAUGAGGUACCUUCUUAUAAUUGGAGAUCGAGAAACGAGCAACUGUGGCCUUACAUUAGAAGUGGUGAGAAUACAGAGCCUUAUAAUGAAAGCAGAGUUAAUAUAUUUAUCUCAUUACAGUUUGAGUCUGGCUGUGCAAUGCUGCUGAUGCUGGAAAAUGCAGACUGGUGUCCUUUUCAUGCAUACUUUCACUGAUAGCUCAUUAUCCUGGAACGGGAAAUGAAAAAUACAGCCAAUUGCCUAAAAACAUCAAACUGGAAUGCAUGAACUCUUUUUACAGUGAUCUCAAAUUUGGCAAGUGCCUUUAAAUAUAGAAUUAUUUCCAACCCAGUGGAAGAGGAAAAGUUUAAACAAACCCAACUCCCACACAUUAAAAACAUUGAUUAAUCAGCAAAGUGCAAUUGCUUCAAAGAGCUUUAAUCUGCUGUUUUUCUCAUAAUUGUCCUUUGUAAGCACUGCACCCCUGUUCACGGAGGCAGUCCCUGCUGGGAGAGGCCGAGACUCAGUGCAGCCGCUUGGUUUUACUUAGCCAGUACCUGCCAGUUCUCAGUCACAGGACAAGACUUGGUUCAGUGAUGCAGAGGCUCGAGGUUUUUCCCUGUCCUUGUAGGAACUGCUCCCUGCAGGUGUAGUUAAGUGGCCCCUCUCCUCCCUGCACUGCCAAACAAACCUAACCCACACUGCUGGGGUGUGACCGCUUGACUUUCGAUCAUGUAACUUUCAGAAGCCAUCCCAGAUUCCUAGGUUAUUCAUUGCAUAAUCUACAACAUUAUUCAAGAACAAUAGAAGUAGAUGCUUGGCAGUUAUGUUAACAUAUUAAAGCUAAAUAUUAAUUGUUUUAAAUAUUACAAUUAAAUAUACACUAGUCAAAAAAAAUUGUUUGGGGUUGUAAUGAAACAAUCGUUGGGACCGAUUUUGACAAGCUUGGGAACUGGAUAACUGCUGUGUAAUGUAGCUAAAAUAUUUUUUAUUAGUGUAUGUGGCAGACAGGUUGACAAUGCUGUUGAACUCUUACAGAUCAAAAAACUAAAUUAGGGGUUGAGAAAUUCAGAAUCAGUCAAAUCAGACAGGGGUUAAUGCUUGGUUUAUUGAUUAAUUUUUUGAAGAUACAUUGAGGUUACAUUUUUUUAAUGUACUGUUUUGCAUGAUUGUUGUUUCUGUUCAAAUGAACAAGACUAUUUAAUGUCUGACAUGCAUAAGGUCUUAUUUACCUUUCUUAUGAUGGCAUGAAUUAUUUGAAAAUCACAUCCAUCCUGAGGUGUAAAGCUUAAUAUUGAGUAUAUAUCGGUAUAUCAAUAUGGUAUAUAAAUAUCUAUUAUAUAUCUAUUGGUACAUUGGAAUUAGACAUUCAAGUAUGAGUAUUUCAUCAAAAUGCAGCAGACCUCUCCACUUAAGUGUAUGUCUAUUGCAAGCAUAGUGAAGUUCAUUUUCCAGAUCAGUAGUAAUGUGUGCACUGCAGCAGCAUGUUUUGUAAAUUAAUCACAGUCAUUUCUAAUUGUUUUAACUGAGGUCAAGCUGAAAGUUCAUAUAUUGGUUGGAUGAAUCUGAAUUUCAAAAGAUACUCAAAGUAAGAUAGUAAAGAUGAUGCAACUACGUUGUCCAUUGUAAGUCAGUUCAAAAGUCUUGUUCCACAGAACAUCAGAUCCACCGUUCCUGUCAGCACCUGCUUUUAGCUAGUGUGUGUAGUUAUGCUGCAUAGAUGCAUUUCUUGCCCAGAGACACAGACUUCCAAUUUAAACUGAAAAUUGAAGUCUGUCAUUAGUAAAACAUCACACAAUAAUCUCCUGUUGCUCUUUGGAAUAAGACACCACUGUGUGCAGUUCAGCUGGUAAUAAGGAUAAAGGUAUUGGUAACAUACCCCAGCUCUACAUGUUGUAUACAUUGUUUGUAAUGCCUGCUUACCAUUUCACUGAGAAAUGCUCACUGGGUUUCAACACUCAGGUGUUAGAGUUGAGUGUUUCUCCAUCAACUGAAAGGGUAUUUUUUGUAGAGUUUAACACUGUAUGCACUCCAGGGAUCACCAUACUUUGAAACCUAGCAAUCAAUUUUGCAUGCACAGUAUUCCCAAGUCAUGAUUGUAGAUAGUACUUCCCUAGUUACUGAAUAUACUGGCCCUAUAUAUGCAUUUCAAUAAUAUGUACCUUCUUAUACCCUUUGCCAAACAAAACUAAUAUAAAGAUAUACAUUAUGUCAAUGUAUGAUUUGUAGGAAACAAGAACAUAUAAAGGGUCACUCAGAAGUUUAUGGAGCUGUCAGGCCAUUUCGUUUGGAUGGAAAGGGAUUUUAAACUGUUGUGUUUAUUCCAAGGUGCUGCGUUUUGUACCUGUUAAUCAUUCAGGACUGAUCAUAUCUCAGACCCCUAAAGUCAUUAAACCAAACUGUAAACUAUAUUACAGAUGGACAUGUUGGUACGAAUGUCAUUGUUGACUAGAUGUGCUGUAAUAAGUUUUGUAUUGGAACUUUAAAAGUCAAGUUCCUGUUCAUGCUGCCUUAGAAAAUGUCAGAAUCACAUUUUUAUUUUACCUUAUUUUGGAAAUCUACACUAAAACAAAACCUGGAGCAUACAGGGUCCAUAUUUCAUAACAGUAUCACUGCAAGGUUUCAACUUUUUUGAUACAAAAAAAUGCAUUGAAGUUCUUUUUGAAAAUAGUAGGUCCUUUCAGAUCACCUGUAACAAGUAUAAUACUCUAGGUAUGCUUGGGGCUGGGGUUAUCAUAGGCGCCCCAUCCAUAUUACUUCAAAACUCAUCAGCUGAAGCAAUCCUACCUGUCAAACAGAAACAGCAUUUCUACCUUGGUGCAAGAGAUUUCCAUUGAUAAUAUGAUUGCUUUCAUUGUUUGUUUUUUUUUACCUAAACCCCUUUUGAAAGUUCUGUCUCACUACAGACUUUUUAAAACAAAACCAAGCUUACCUAUUCAUACAAACAUACAUAAAAUAUUACACCUCAUUGCAGAUUAUUAUGUUUGAUGAGUCCAUUAGAGAAAAAAGAUUUGUCAGGAAUGACCGAGUACUACUGCUUGCAUAAUUGUAUGAUGUAUAUUAUAAAAAUCAUGUUUUCUCGUAAGUUUACUACCUGUCCUGUUUUAAAUUUAAACUAAAAGUUUUUUUUUAAUUCAACACAUUUCAUGUUAAGGGGCUGUAUGUUUAGUAAUCAGCCAUCAAUACUGGUAGUGCUAUCAAUGGACUUGUUUUAAAAGUCAGUGGACAUGUUUUUCUCAUUAAAAUACAAUGCAAUAAACAAUUCACUCCAAUAGGGGCAAGGGCAAGGGUGGCUGCUGUUACUAUAGAUACAAUUAAAUGUUUAGAAAUUUGUGUCAUGUCUAAUUCAAAAGACAAAUACAAAAUCAGGUGGUGUUUCUUUUUUUCUCUCUACUGUUUGUGAACCAUUUUGUUAAGAUGUAAGAUUGAAUUUCUGUAUCAGGUUCCUACAGCAGUGCUUUGUAAGUAUGCCUGUUUUUCAAUCUCCAGCUUCAGGAUAGGUCUGAAUUAAAAUAAUAAUAAUAAUAAUAAUAAUAAUAAUAAUAAUAAUAAUAAUAAUAAUAAUAAUAAUAAUAAUAAUAAUAACAACUGAUCAGGCACUCAACAUUUU